AUGGCCGCCAUCAAAAUUGUUUUUCCAAAGGAUCGUCGUUUGUGGGUGUACCCUUUACUUGUUAUGUACUUUGUCCUGGUUUGGAUUGAGUCACAGAGCUUUAAUGGGACAACGCGCGUGGGGACCUUUACAGGGACAUACCCAUCUGGGCGUUCAAGAAUUUUGUCCGGGUUAGGGCUUUCUUUAAAAAAUUCCAUAUUCACGGAGAAUGACUACGCUCCCGGAAGGAAUCUGCUUGACAGGACCGUUGUGGAACCUGCCAUCGAGAACGUUGUGGAGGCUGCCCUAGGCAACGUUGUGGAGGCUGCUCUCAGCAAUGUUGUGGAACCUGUUCUCAGCAACCAAUGUUCUGGAGGUUGCCCUCAGCAACUAUAUGAAGCCGACGCAAGACCAUACUGCAGUACCGUUUACCCCAAUUGGACGAAUCGUAUCCUAGACAGGUACAGACCAAUGCUCCCAUAUGGUUGCACCCACCAUGAACUUUCGAGGAAUCUCAUAGACAAAGAAAUAUUAAACAUGCCGCAGGAAUUAUUUUUUUGGUUUAGUAAAAGUAAGGCAUUCAUUUCAUAUUUCUACUAUGGGAUCUACUUAGAAAGGAAGUAUUAUGCCAUGGUGGACGACCUGAACAAGUGGUUUUCCAGCGUAGCAGAAGCCAGUAAUUUGCCACAUGAUUACAAGUUGGAAUGGUGGGAAGAAUGCAACAUAGACGGUAAGGACAAUGAUGAAUAUCAGUGA